AUGUCGCUUCCAAUAAUUCAAAUCACUAUUGAAAAUUUAAAUGAUGGUGAUCUUUAUAAUGAAUUGAAUAAUGAUUUUUUAUCCAGUUAUCAGGCACAAUUAGAUGUUAAUGCAGACCAUCCACAGGCUCCUAAUUUAGUACCAGUCAUGCGACAACAACAGAAUCUUCAACCUUCAUGCUCUCUAAAUAGUCUUAAUGACCAUUUUCAAAAUAAAAUUUUAUAUCUUUUCCUAUGUGUUCCCUGUUCACAUUGUUCGAUUCUUAUGUUUCCGACUCAAGCAAAAUGGAUUCCUCAUGAUAUUAAUAUAACUUAUGGUCUUUAUCAAGCGUUUCUGCACUUGUCACAUACUGAACAUUCAAAUAAGGAUGGAUAUGUUGCAAUAUGUGUUCCAUGCAUGUCUAUUACUAAACGGCAUAAUGCUCUAAUUUUAGCACCAAUCCCAGAAAUACUAGUAAAUAUUCCAAUGUUUCAUUGUCGAUGGCUCUCAUCUGUUCAUCUAAGCUGCUCUCUUGGAUGUGCUGAAAAUGCAAAUCGAUUUACACAUUAUUGCCAUCUUACAGGUUCAUUUGGAUUAACACAAAACAUUUGCGCUCUGCAGCUUUACUCAGGUGCAUUAGAUGCAAUAUUAGAUAAUUCUUCUAAUAAUAACUGGUUUCAUCCUUCUUUAAUACAUGCUGCUGAUUGGCUAAAAGCCAAUAACCAUCUCUUUAGACGGUUUAAUCAUCGAUAUAUAGGUGAACAUGGUCAUCUGUACUUUUUUCUGACUGGUUCAGCAGGAACUGAUAAAUCAUACUUAAUAAAACUGAUUAUAAAUCAUCUUCGAUCACAGCAUCAAAAUUAUUUGAUAAUGGCACCAACGGGAGUCACUGCACAAAAUAUAAAUGGUAAAACUAUACAUUCUCAACUUAAAAUUAGACCAUCCUCUACUAACCAUAUGAGUUUAGCUUUAAAUAAUCAAGAACAUUGUCAAUACCUUCUAAGCAUUAAAGUUAUAAUAAUCGAUGAAAUAUCUAUGGUAUCAGCGAGUUUACUAACAUUCAUAAGUGGUCUUUUUGCUCGUUUACAUAAUAAUGCUUUACCAUUUGGUAGAAUUAAAGUUCUGCUUAUCGGUGACCUUGCGCAAUUACCUCCAAUAAACAGCGCUCAAGUUUUUAAAUCACCUGUUUGGUCUGAAUUUUUUUCUAUAUUCCUAACAACACCACAUAGACAAAAUCAGGACAUAAAUUUUUACAGGAUAUUAGAAGAAAUCUGUGCAGGAAUUAUAUCACCUAUGACACUACAAAUAAUUAAUGAUAAAAUAAAAAAUCCAUCGUCUCGCUCUAUAAUCGAUACUACACAUAUAGUUGGAUCCUGUGCCAUGGCAGAUAAUAUAAAUAAGCUAACAUGCCUAGCCUUACCCUUGAAACCUGAUGAUCCUGAACCCAUUAUUUCAACUGCAAUUGAUCAUAUUAAUUGUGAAGAAUGGGAUGC